GGGACUCAGGUGAGAGUGACAGGAGGAUGGGUCCGGCCGAGCUGUGCGAGCGGUUGGACGAGCUGUUGCUGCGCCUCAUGGACGAGCUGGAGAGUUUGCAGGGGAAGCGGGAGGCGCUCAAUCAGCACAUUGAGAAGGGCUGGUUGUGUCUGUCCCAGGCCCGAUACUCUAUGGGCAACAAGAGCGUCUCCUCCCUCAACUACUCACCCCACAUGUCUCCUCUCACUCUCCUGCAUUGCCGUUCCGCCCAGGAGGGACACACGUGCUUCCAUGUAAAGCGCCAGGAGGUGGGGCCACAGGAGGUGGAGCCACAGGAAGUGGAGGUGAUUGGUGCAUUGGAUCAGAAGGGACUGAGGCGCCGCAAGGGCCCCGUGGAGACCCCAAAGCCCCAGAGCACAGAAAGUGCAGCACAGAAGGGCCACACAGACAGUCUUACCCAGGAUCCAUUGCGCUGGUUUGGAGUUUUGGUGCCACAGAGUCUGCGGCAGGCACAAAGCACAUUCCGAGAGGGGAUCCUAUUGGCUGCUGAAGUGGCCUCAUUGCAGAACAGUGUUGAUACGACCCAGAGAGAGUGGCGCCUCCUGCUGGCUCAGAAACAGGAGCUGUUGGCUCAGACGGGCUGAGGAGGAGGAGCUGGGGUGGGGGGAGGGGUAUGCCUGGCACACUGAGCGGUUAUUUAGUGAGGGGGUGUGGUAUCUGCAGAUGCUUCUCCUGAAUGCUCAUUGCACCGCUACUUAAUAAAGUCUGUUGUACUGAA